CGCCGGCCUACAACCGUUUUCGUGCUCACACACCCAAACCUUAGUCGCGAUCAGGCCCCAAGGACUCGAGAUGAAGUCGAGGGCACGGUCCACCGCCGGCGACUCCAGGCUCUCGGUGAGGAAGACCAAGGCAGAGAAGGACCCAAACAAGCCCAAGAGGCCUCCGAGCGCGUUCUUCGUCUUCAUGGAGGAGUUCAGGAAGGACUACAAGGAGAAGCACCCCAAUGUGAAGCAAGUCUCCGUGAUUGGCAAGGCUGGUGGUGACAAGUGGAAGUCCCUGUCUGAUGCCGAGAAGGCUCCCUACGUGUCUAAGGCAGAGAAGCUCAAGGCUGAGUACACCAAGAAGAUCGACGCUUACAACAACAAGCAGUCUGGAGACCCCACGGCGUCUGGUGAUUCCGACAAGUCCAAGUCCGAGGUGAACGACGAGGACGAGGAGGGUGACGAGUGAUGUAUGACGGAUGAAACUCUGUCCAAGUGUUUGCAGUCAGGGAAAAAAAUCUUCGUCGUUGUCGGCCUAACCGGGCUUUCUCGAAGGACUUUCUAGAUGCAGUAGAUUAGUGCCGUCUUCUCUGAGUAGUUUCCUUGCAAGUGUCGUCCCGUCCCUGGAGUGAGGCAGUUUAGUUUGUAGUUUCUUCGCUUCAUCGGCACUCGACCGUUGUUGGAUUGGGAUGUUUAGCCUGCAGUCUGUACUUACCCCAAGCAUCUAUGAUGCCUGUUUUAAAUCUCAGAUCACAAUAGACGUUUGUUUU